AAUAAUUUUAUUCUGUGUCAUACUGUCAAUCUCAUAUAUUUUGCAUUUAUGAUGCCCAGAUUAACAGUGACACACGUGAAAAUCUUCUGCAGGCCGAUCCAAUAUAAAUUUGCAAUCAACUGAUUUGUCUUGACGUCUAUAAAAAAAUGGCGAAAAAUCGCCCCGUAGCACAAAGAGAAAGAAAAUUUUCCUCUUCCUCAGUCAGUACUGAUGAUGAACAUCAUGAUAUCAGUGAACAAAUCGUUUCGGAUGUAACACUUGAAUUCUUCUAUAAACCUCGGACAAUUACUGCACUAUGCUGUUUAUCAAUGUACCUUAUAUAUUUUGCAUCUACUCAUAAUCCUGAAGUUGCUUUGAGCAAGAAUAUUUUUAAAGGAUUGGUUGCCAUUAUUGUCGUCUUUCUAAUUGUUUCUAUGUUGGUUGCUCCUAAUGGACCAUUUACUAGGCCUCAUCCAUUGGUGUGGAGAGUUGUGUUUGGUAUCAGUGUUGUUUACUUGUUGGCUUUUACGUUUUUGCUCUUUCUAAGCUAUAAACAAAUCAAGGAAAUUCUUGUCUUCAUUGACAAUGACCUCAAAUAUGCUGGACCUGAUACCAAGGAAUAUGCUGUAGACUGCAGUCUUACAUGGGCCAAGCUUUAUGACAGUAUGGAUGUAUUUAUACUUUCACAUUUUCUUGGAUGGGCUGGCAAGUCAUUAAUCAUUAGACAUACCAUCCUAUGCUGGGCUGUUAGCAUCACUUGGGAAGUUACAGAGAUAUUUUUUGCUCAUCUUCUACCAAACUUUAAAGAAUGCUGGUGGGAUGCAAUUUUACUUGAUAUUAUCGUGUGUAAUGGAUUGGGAAUAUGUGUUGGUUUGUACCUUUGUAAAAAGCUAGAAAUGAGAACGUACCACUGGGACAGUAUCAAAAAUAUUCAAUCAACGACAGGAAAACUACGACGUGCAAUACUGCAGUUCACUCCAGUCAGUUGGACAGUCGUCAACUGGACGGACUCAAACUCAUCGUACAAACGACUUUUUUCACUUUAUUUUCUUGGUGUUGUUUGGCAGAUUGUUGAAUUGAACACAUUUUUCUUGAAACACAUAUUUCACAUACCAAAUGCUCAUCCUUUAAAUAUAUACCGUUUACUGUUGCUGAGCUUGAUUUCAGCGCCUACCAUUAGACAAUACUAUAUAUACAUAACAGAUAGUAGAAGUAAAAGAAUGGGUACCCAGUGUUGGGUUUUCAUCGCCAUCACGACGGUGGAGCUGUUAAUAUGUAUUAAAUUUGGAACGGAACUUUUUGCAAAGACAGAAAGAAUGAAUAUAGUGUUGUGGCUUUUGGCUCAGCUGGUGUUUAGUUUUAUCAUCGUAUGUCUGAUGGUCAUCAACCGUAACUUAAACACCGACACUUAUGACAAGGAAAGGACUGGCGCUCUAGCCAAUCAUCCAAUGAACAUGGGUACUAAAUCUUAUGAUUAUAUCAGCAGUAACGGCGUGGGACUGGGUCCCGGACACUCAGCAACCAAAUCCAAUAAACGUGUGUACACGCGAAGUAUGGCUAAAGAGGCAAAAAAAUCUGGCAAUAGCUCGCAUCGUAGGCGAUCAAAUAUUUCAUAACGCCUGGAGUGAUUUGUAUCACUGUUUAUGUGAACUAAUCAUAGGCUUUGUGUUGACAUAGAAAUAGGUAUAUAUUUUUCAAAUUACUGUACGUGUACGAACGAACGUCAUCAAAGUGUCAACUGCAGGAUCUGGCAUGAUAUAAACAGUCGUUUAUUCAUAAAAUUUUAUAAUUUGAGUCAAUUAACAUCAUGUUAAAUCUA